AUGAAGACUACUCAGAUCCUCGCCGUCUUUGCCUUCGCCUCCAUGGCCCUUGCCCAGUCGGCUGUCUCCACGACCCAGAUUCCUGCUUGCAAUGACCCGAGCUGCCAGACCACCAUCGCCCACACAGGCACCUCUACCGCCGUGAGCGUGACGGGUACGUCUGCCCAGUCGUCCGCCACAGGCACAGCCAGCGGCUCCAAGACCGGCUCUGGCUCUUCUGCGGCCACGGGCUCCGCCAGCAACGGAACCGGAACCUCUGCUCGCGCCUCGAGCCAGGCUUCUGGUGCCGUGCCUGCCGCCAACACCGGCGUCGCCGCCACUGCCACCGCAGUCCUGUCGGUGACGACCACGGUGCCUGCUAACACUCCCGCCCGUGGCGGUGGCGGUGGGGGUGUCGUCGGCGGCAGCAGCCCAACGACCACCGUGACGCAGCCCGGCCACUCCAACUCCGGCGCACAUCUCGGCCUCGGUGUCGUUGUUGCCGUCGCCGGUGCUAUCUUUGCUCUGUAA